UCAAAAUAUGUUGCACUUUCUACCUGUAACAAUCACAGGUCCUGAAAAGAAAUGUGGUAUGGAAGUUUUGCUUUCUCCCUAACAGAAGGGUCAGUUAAGGGGAAAGUCUAGGCUGGAAAAAGAGUAGCAGGUGAGAGCCUGGGAUGCCUUUGAUCAAGUCCUGGCUGCACCUGCUUUUUAUCCAUGCAGCUGUGAGCAAGAUAGAGCUGCUUGCAUCUCAGUUUCCUUGGCUGUAGAGUGGAGAUAAUAAUAGUACCCAUGUCAUAGGAUUGCCCUGAGGAUUCAGUGGGAUAAUGCUUGCGAUCUUAGCAGGCUCUUAGAAAGUGCUCAUUAAACGUUAACUUUUAGGCCGCUUCUAGUGCUUUGGUUUCACAAGCUAGCUCAGAUAGACAUUGAGGAAGAGACUGGGGCAUGGAUUAUUCUUUUGGGACACACACACAAAGUACUGCCGUGGUAGAGCAGAAGGUUAACUCUUCCGGCGCUGGGCCCCAGGGGCCUCAUAUGCACAUGAAUUUUGCUUACCAGGUUGUAUCAGCAUUAAUUUUACUCAAAUAUUUGCUUGACUGAAAUCUCCUUUUAAAGUGAAUGCAAAAUAACCCUCUUGAAGAAGUUUCCAAGAAGAUGGGCUUCAAACAGGACUGAGCACGGCCAUCCAGUAAGAUAUGUGGAUUGCAAACUGACCGACUCCAGAGGCACAAUCCACUGCAGUCUGUGGGAACGCGCUGUAGCCGGGAUUCUACAGGGCUCAGGUAUACACACGUGCGCUUGUCCACGCCUUAGGAUACCCAGUUCCACCGGCUUUGGACAUUCUUGGGGUUUACCAUGCCUCCACCCGCGGACAUCGUCAAGGUGGCCAUAGAAUGGCCGGGUGCCUACCCCAAACUGAUGGAAAUUGAUCAGAAAAAACCACUGUCUGCAAUAAUAAAGGAAGUCUGUGAUGGGUGGUCUCUUGCCAACCAUGAAUAUUUUGCACUGCAGCAUGCUGAUAGUUCAAACUUCUAUAUCACAGAAAAGAAUCGCAAUGAAAUAAAAAAUGGCACUAUCCUUCGAUUAACCACAUCUCCAGCUCAAAAUGCCAAGCAUCUCCAUGAAAAAAUCCAGUCUUCGAGUAUGGACUCCAAACUGGAGGCCCUGAAAGACCUGGCCAGCCUCUCCCGGGACGUCACAUUUGCCCAGGAGUUUAUAAAUCUAGACGGCAUCUCUCUCCUCACCCAGAUGGUUGAAAGCGGCACAGAACGAUACCAGAAAUUACAGAAGAUCAUGAAGCCUUGCUUUGGAGACAUGCUGUCCUUCACCCUGACAGCGUUUGUGGAAUUGAUGGAUCAUGGCAUAGUGUCGUGGGAUACAUUUUCGGUGGCGUUCAUUAAGAAGAUAGCAAGUUUUGUGAACAAAUCAGCCAUGGACAUCUCCAUCCUGCAGCGGUCCUUGGCCAUUUUGGAGUCGAUGGUGCUCAAUAGCCAUGACCUCUACCAGAAGGUGGCUCAAGAGAUCACUAUUGGCCAACUAAUCCCCCAUCUUCAAGGGACCGAUCAAGAAAUCCAAACGUAUACCAUUGCAGUGAUAAAUGCACUUUUCCUGAAGGCCCCUGAUGAGAGGAGGCAGGAGAUGGCGAAUAUAUUGGCCCAGAAGCAACUGCGCUCCAUAAUUUUAACGCAUGUCAUCCGAGCUCAGCGGGCCAUCAAUAAUGAAAUGGCGCACCAGCUCUAUGUACUGCAAGUGCUCACCUUUAACCUCCUGGAGGACAGAAUGAUGACCAAGAUGGAUCCCCAGGAUCAGGCUCAGAGGGACAUCAUAUUUGAACUUCGAAGAAUUGCUUUUGAUGCAGAGUCGGAGCCUAAUAACAGUAGCGGCAGCAUGGAGAAGCGCAAGUCCAUGUACACACGGGAUUAUAAGAAACUUGGCUUUAUUAAUCAUGUCAACCCAGCAAUGGACUUCACACAGACUCCUCCUGGAAUGUUAGCCCUGGACAACAUGCUGUACUUCGCUAAGCACCAUCAGGAUGCGUACAUCCGGAUUGUGCUUGAGAACAGUAGCCGAGAAGACAAGCACGAAUGUCCUUUUGGCCGCAGCAGUAUAGAGCUGACCAAGAUGCUGUGCGAGAUCUUGAAAGUGGGCGAGCUGCCUAGUGAGACCUGCAACGACUUCCACCCGAUGUUCUUCACCCACGACAGAUCCUUUGAGGAGUUUUUCUGCAUCUGUAUCCAGCUCCUGAACAAGACCUGGAAGGAAAUGAGGGCAACUUCUGAAGACUUCAACAAGGUAAUGCAGGUGGUGAAGGAGCAGGUUAUGAGAGCACUUACAACCAAGCCUAGUUCCCUGGACCAGUUCAAGAGCAAACUGCAGAACCUGAGCUACACCGAGAUCCUGAAAAUCCGCCAGUCUGAGAGGAUGAACCAGGAAGAUUUCCAGUCUCGCCCGAUUCUGGAACUAAAGGAGAAGAUUCAGCCAGAAAUCGUAGAGCUGAUCAAACAACAGCGUCUGAACCGCCUUGUGGAAGGGACCUGCUUUAGGAAACUCAACAGCCGGCGGAGACAAGACAAGUUCUGGUAUUGUCGACUUUCACCCAAUCACAAGGUCCUACAUUAUGGAGACUUGGAAGAAAGCCCUCAGGGAGAAGUGCCCCAUGAUUCCUUGCAGGACAAACUGCCAGUGGCAGAUAUCAAAGCUGUGGUGACGGGAAAGGACUGCCCUCAUAUGAAAGAGAAAGGUGCCCUUAAACAAAACAAGGAGGUGCUUGAACUUGCUUUCUCGAUCCUGUAUGACUCAAACUGCCAACUGAACUUCAUUGCCCCUGACAAACAUGAGUACUGCAUCUGGACAGAUGGGCUGAAUGCGCUGCUGGGGAAAGACAUGAUGAGUGAACUGACACGAAAUGACUUAGACACCCUGCUCAGCAUGGAAAUCAAGCUCCGUCUCCUGGACCUGGAAAACAUUCAGAUCCCCGAUGCGCCUCCCCCAAUCCCCAAGGAGCCCAGCAACUAUGACUUCGUCUAUGACUGUAACUGAAGUGGCUGGGCCCAGAAGCACCCCUUCCCAAACUGGAACAUCUAGCUCACCCAGGAGAGAAGAAUGAACGUACUCUUAUGCCUUGGAAUCCUCUUGGUAAAGGGAAGCUGUGGGUCCACACUUUCUCUGGCCUCACCUCUAGCCUCGGCAUUUUUCUGCCCCUCCCUGGCGCCUUGCUCACCCCACUGAUACUUGUUUCUAGACUCCAUUGCUUUAGGUCACUUCUCAUUGCUGCAGUGCACUUGCGAGAAAAGAGCAAAAUCCACCACCAAAGGGCCCUUCCCUGCUAAACCCUAGCAGGGAUGUCCUCUCUUCUGGAGGUUGAAAGCCAGCAGCACCAGACUGCCCCACAGCUUGCCCGCCAGACACCGAGGAGUGCUCCAGGGUCUGUCUCCAGAUGAAAUGGCCUGGCCACCUGAUGAGAAGACCAAACACCACCUCCUCCUUCCCCUUCCCUCCAGUGUCAGUCCACACAACCAAUUCCAUUUGAAUUGAGAUCGGCUUUCUAAUCCCCUCCCUCCUCCCUUCUCCCUCCUCACCUUUGCCCUGUGCCUCCUUUGUCCCAAGAAUGGCAGUCACCUCAUCGUAGUCCUCACCAGCAUCAGCCCCCCAGACACACAGUCCGCAGGCUCCAUGCUCACUGACGUCUACACCAUGACCGUGGCCGGCCUUGCCUCCUCGCUAGCUAGUCUUGGGCUUCCUCUCCCUGCCUCAGGCCCAGACCUGCCUCCUUUUCCUUCCCUCCCGUCCCUUAGCUGAAAGCACAAAUGGUGAAAUCAGUAGUCAUGCUCCAUCUCUAAUAUACUAAACCUAAAUGAUGCCUCCAGGACAGGCUGUUGAUGUCCAAGGGUUGGGUGUUGCUUGCUCCUUGGGGUCCUGUUACAGCACAGGUCCCACAGGGUAGAAGAGCUGCCAGACACCCAAGUUUACAUCCUUGCAAUUACCACAAGUGUUACCGAUUUGCAAGCGUUCGGGGUUUUGUGUUAGUUUUGUUUUGGUUUUUUUUUUUUUUUGCUUUGUUUUUGUACAAAAGAGUCUAACUUUUUUUUGCCAAACAGAUAUAUAUUUAAUGAAAAGAAGAGAUACAUAAAUGUGCAUACUUUGCAGUUUUUUUUUAAUUAUUUUAAUCCCAAACAUCUUCCCUAGAAUAACAUUCCCUUAAACAUGCUGUGGAAUAAAAUUAAUUGUGAUGA